AUGGAGGAUGAUUGCAAGUACAUAAUACUAGAAAAAACAGUUUUAUAUAUUCGAUUUGGUGAUAGAAUAAGUUUUAAUGGGAUUAUGCAUUGUUGCCGCAGUUACCUCGGACCUGUCAGUUGUGAAGGAAGUAUAUACAGCGUGUUAUUUAUUCAUCUGAAAAGGACGGUUUCUAUAUUGUUGGGAACACGUGAUCGAUGAAGCAGUUUGUGUCCGGAACAAGAUACUUCGGCCAAAUCUCCAUAUGUACACUCACUACAGAC